AUGAAAGGUUUGGGAGUUUUUUCACCGUCUAGCGCAACUUCACGCUACGUUUUGGUGGCCUCCGGAAUUUGUGAGACAUCCGGAAAUGGUACUCCUAAAUCUGAAUGCAAUGAUGUAUCACUUAGUUUGCUUGAAUUCAAUAUAACCGAAAGGGCAGCACAAUCCACAGACCCGUUCACACCGUUUGAUAACACAGCUAAUUAUAAUAACUUUGGUGGUGAUACACCAUUUUCCGUACAUGGAAAUGAUUUUGGAAGUUACGUGGGCUCGGUUUCUUCCAAUGGGAUCGCAGAUUUCUCUGUUUUACACUCUUUGCCCUUGUGUGUACCAGAAGGUAACGUAACCACACUCAAGUGGAUCGAUGACGGGCUUCUAGCCGCAGGUUCCACAUUAGGAGACGUUUUUAUGCUUGAUGGACACUUGAUUGUAGAUGGCACGGCCCCUGAGGCUCUCUCCACGAUCAAAGUUUGCAACGUUGCCAUCAGUUGUCUAGGAUACAACUCCAAGACUAACAUGCUCGGUGUAGCUGGCGUUGAUGGUCAAAUUUCUGUUUGCAAUCUUGUGGACCUUGCGAAUCCAAGUGUUAUGGAUAUCAGCUAUGGUAAAUGGAAAGUUGGACUAGUUACGGGAUUGAGCUGGAAUAAUCGUUUGGGACAUAUUUUGGCCACAUCUGGAGCAGCUCUAUCUCCUAAUGAUUCUAGUGGCUUAGUUGUAUGGGAUUUAAAGGCUAGAAAGCCGGCAUCUAGUUUUAGAGACCCCAACGGUAGGGUCAAUCCUAUUGCUAUAGAUUGGGUCCCAGAACAACCCACACAGUUAGUUGUUGGAUAUGGUGAUGAUAAUGCACCAGCUCUCCAAUUGUGGGAUUUACGUAACUGUGCAGCCCCUGUGAAAGAAGUAAAGGGACAUACCAGGGGACUCACCGACUUGAAAUUCUCUCCACACGAUUCAUCAUUGCUGUUGACCAGCGGAAAGGAUGACUGUACAAAGUGUUGGAAUAUGAAUUCAGCAAAUGGGCCAUUUGAACUUGUAUCUACCAUACAGACCGAGGCUUUGAGUCAUCAUUGCAGAGUUGAAUGGCACCCGCACGUGCCUGGUUUGUUUGUAGCUCAAAGCACUGAUGGAGAAAAUUCAAUUCACCAUAUUUUCUCAGAUUCAUUGGCUGAAUCUUAUGUUCCUGUGUGGGUAAAGAGGAAGAGGGGUGUAAUUUCUGGUUUUGCUGGAAGUAUUUCGACCUGGGCUUCUACCGGAGAUAUUCAGUGCUAUACAUUGGGAGCUCAAUUUGAUGAUGAAACGUCUGAAAUUUUGGAUAAUUCCUUAAAUGUGUUGCAGGAAUUACAGGAUCCAUCAGCCUUUCAAGAUGUAUGUAGGGAGAAGAUCGAUGAGUCAUCUUCUGAAUUUGAUUCAUUAACAUGGAGUGUUUUGCAAGCUUUGUACAAUAAUGAUAUGCCUUCAUUAAUCUCACUUCUUGGGUAUGAAACUUCAGUUCAUCAAGAGGAGGAAGUUACGGAAUCCGAAGAAGAUGAACAAGAGGCCACUGCAGAUGAUGACGAUGUAGAGGAAUUUUUCAAUUCACUAACUGUUAAGCAAGAAGAGGCGCAAGUUGAACUGGAGCCUCAACCCGCCCCAAAAGAUACAUCAGUAACUUGGGGUUCUGAUGAAUUGAAGAAAAGUUUGGUUGUUGGAAAUUAUAAGGAAGCAGCAGAGGCAUGUCUACGCGAUGGAAAAAUCACAGAAGCACUUUUGUUGGCAUAUGUAGGUGGUCCAGAUCUUUGCUACCAUAUUACAAAUUCAAUUGUAGACAAGAGCAAUGACCCAUUUGUCCGAACGAUAUUUUUAAUAAUGCAGGGUGAUAUCCUAAACUUGGUAGAAAAUUCUGACCUGAGUGCUUGGAAAGAAACAUUGUGCUAUUUAUGUACUUAUUCAAACACGUUGCCUAAUUUUAAGGAAUUGUGCAAUGCUCUUGGGGAUCGUCUAUCUCAAUCAAAGGAUAAAAAUCAUAUAUUUGCUGCAUCAAUUUGCUAUAUUUGUGGUGGAAAUCACGAUGGUGUUGUAGAUAUCUGGAAUCAGAUUGAAUCUGGAAAAAAUUCUAUACAUGUAUUGGCAGACAAUGUAAUUAAGAUGGCAGCACUAGCCGCAUCCAGCCAUUCAGGAUCUAAAAACGAGGCGUUGGCCAGAUCAGUUGCACUAUUGGCUGAGGUGUUUGUGGACGCUGGACAUUUGGAAAAGGCAAUGCGGUGUUUGUCUCUACCUGGGGUUUCAGAUUCAUCCCAUAUUGCAGAUUUAAGGGCUCGCAUACAGGGAUGUGUAGCCCCCCAACCCGCUCCAAAACAACCAGUACAGACUAAGGUACCAGCAGUUUCUAAUGUGGUGCAUACGGCACCUAAACCCGUUGCUGUACAACCUUCUGCCCCAAGGGAUGUUGGUACAGCUCCUGGUGCUGUAGCUGGGGCAGUAAAUCCGGGAAUGCCAAUUCCAUGGCCACUUCCAACUGCAACACAACAAAUGCAAUCAAAAACAAAGAGUACUCAAGAAUCAAAUCGCCUAGUCAUAGCCUCUGCAACAGAAAAUAAUGGUGAGCAGAUGCCACAUUCGGAUUUGGAGCUUGUUAAUAAUACGCUGUGGUCACUUAUUCCACAGGGUGACACAUCCAGAAUGGCUGAAGAGAAUCGUAAACAUGUAGAUGGUCUGAUAUUGCUUUUGAGAAAUGCACAACUCUCAGGCGAAGCAAACUCUUUGCUAGUAUCCAUGUGCAGAGCUAUUCAAGCUGGCGAUAGAGUGAACUCAAACAUUGUUCUUUCCACUAUAAUCUCGAAAUUGUGGAAUAAUACAAACAAAAAUUGGAUAAUGUGCCUAAAACGCAUUGUACCAAAAUAA